ACCUCCUGGGGCCCAGCCUGGAGGACCUGUUCAAUUUCUGCUCGCGCAGGUUCACCAUGAAAACCGUGCUGAUGCUGGCCGACCAGAUGAUCAGCAGGAUCGAGUACGUGCACACCAAGAACUUUAUCCACCGGGACAUCAAGCCUGACAAUUUCCUGAUGGGCAUCGGGGCUCACUGCAACAAGCUCUUUCUCAUUGACUUUGGACUGGCCAAAAAGUACCGAGACAACCGCACCAGGCAGCACAUCCCUUACAGGGAGGAUAAAAACCUCACGGGCACCGCCAGGUAUGCCAGCAUCAAUGCACACCUCGGCAUUGAGCAGAGCCGUCGAGAUGACAUGGAGUCCCUGGGCUACGUGCUGAUGUAUUUUAACAAGAGCAGCCUGCCCUGGCAAGGACUGAAGGCUGCCACCAAGAAGCAGAAGUACGAGAAGAUCAGCGAGAAGAAGAUGUCCACCCCCGUGGAAGUCCUCUGCCAGGGCUUUCCUGCAGAAUUUGCCAUGUAUCUCAACUACUGCCGUGGCCUGCGCUUUGAAGAGGCGCCUGAUUACAUGUACCUGAGGCAGCUGUUUCGCAUUCUUUUCAGGACUCUGAACCACCAGUACGACUACACUUUCGAUUGGACAAUGUUAAAGCAGAAAAUGACCUAAAAGGCGGGCCCCUCUAGUGGGGAGGGUGGGCAGACCCCCGGGCCCUCCAGGUUUCCAGGCAUGGAGAGAAACAUCCGAAGUAGAGCAGAUCAGAGCAGAUCUUGUUACUCCCAAAUGUAGACAUUUUAGUUCACGUGUACACUUCUAGUGGUGGUGAACAACCAUUUCUUUGGUGUGAAGAAUUUAAUUUCAGUAUAAACUGGCUGUGGUUAACACUAGCCCAGUGUUCAGAGUUGUAGCUGCUGUGUUUGUGAUUGUUAACUGACAUAGUGAAACAUGAUGUUCAGUUUUCUAUUGCGUUUUCAAGGGAAACGUUAACUACAUGGUUGACACACAAGCGGUAGAGAUAAAUUGUGCAUAUGCCAAUUUUCUGUUACCUUUUCUUUUGUUCCAAUUGUAAUCCUAAAUUUGUGCUUUGAGAUCUUGUUUCAAAAGAAUGGCAUGAACAGUUUUCAACCAUGGUUGUGGUCAUUGUAAAUGCUACAAUUGUACACUCGUGGAGUUUUGUUUUUUCCUCCCUGGAGUUUAAAUGUUGUACACUUAAAUAAACAUUCUUAAAUCUGUUGGCUUCUGUGUGCAAGGCAGCUGACAAGGUAGCAACCAAAGAUUCCAGUUUUUAAGCAUAUGAAAGACUCUGCCUGCUUAAUGUGCUAGAAAUAACAUCAUCUAAGUGAAAACUUAAGAAAAUCGUAGUGACUACUAGAUUAUCUGUAGUGCUCUGCAUUAACUCUAUAAUGUUCUUGAUAUUUAAAAAAAUAGCCUAUUUGUCACAGACGUUUUGUUAACAUCUUAUGAACCUGUAUGUGUUACUUCUAUAAAUGUAAUCAGUGUAAACAUCUAUAUGAUCUGGAAUUUCAUGUUUAUGUUGAAAUGAGAGUUGUUUUGUUUACAAGUUCAUUAAAAACUAAAAAUUGA